CCACAUCAACACAUGUAAACAUCCACGCCUCGCAUCAGCAAUCAAUCGAGGGAUUAAUCAUAGCUCCCAGCAAUCAUUAGACAUUCUUUUUAUUCGACUUGGCGAGGUUCGGGCAUCACUGUAAGCAUGGUACUGAGGCUGUUGGGAAUUCCUAGAAGAUUUUUCUGAUUUUUCCCGUGGUUUUUUACACUUGGCGUCAUCAGUCGUUUCGGAUUUAUCUACUGUAAAUAAGUGCACCAUGGCGCAGGCAACGACGAUCGAGACUGUAACGAUCACCAGGCCGCUGAAGGUCAUAGCAUUCAUAUGUGGAGUAAUAGUGAUAAUCUUAAUGAUAAUGGGCCUGGCCUCGACCGACUGGUUAAUGGCUAUUGGCUGGCGACAGGGUCUAUUUUUCCACUGCAUAGACAUUGGUGCACCAACCCCAUUACCCUUUAAUGUCGCUGCCUCUGCCGGUUGUUAUCCAGCCAGAGACGUCGGCUACAUCAAAGCAGCUGCUGUACUGUGCAUUGUUAGUCUUGUUGCUGAUGUAGCUGCAACCCUCCUCACUGUCCUUGGUUUGAGAGCCAAGGAUCACAGGGACAAACACAAAUGCUAUAGAUUAGCUGUCCUGUUCAUGGGGCUCGCACUCCUGGCACUUUUGUUAGCCCUCAUCGUGUACCCUGUGUUCUUCGCAGCAGAGCUUAAUUUAGGAAAUCGGCCGAUAUGGGAAUUUGGUUGGGCCUACGGUGUCGGCUGGGGCGCCGCAAUAUUCCUUUUCGGCGGCGUUGUUCUCCUCUUCUGCGACAAGGAGAGCGAGGAGAUCUACUACAAAGAACGCAAAAUAGUUCGUGAAGAAGUUACCGGUGGUAACAACACAAUGUCCGGCCAUAGGAUUGGUAACCAUGGCACAUUGAGAAGUGGUAUGACACACGCCUAGUGGCAUUGUACCCUGCCCGACGUUGUUCUCUAGGUGAAAUUAAUUUUUUUCAUACUUUACCUCUGAUUUUUGAAUUUUUACUUUGAUUGUUUUUUUCGAGCACGGAAUCCCAGAAAAAUUGAAAUUUAUGAGGAACAUUCAGAGAACAUUACAGAGAACUGCCACUGCUGCGCCACAGGUUGAGAGAUUAUUUUUUAGUUAUUUUUCAAUCGUCUUUUGGGUGAAUUCGGGAGUGAAGUGAACACUUGGGAAAUUGCGGCUUUGGAUGAUUAGUUUUUUGGGGAAUAUCUCGGAUUCUGUGGGAGGUAGAAAAAUUAUUGUUAAAAACUUUUUGUAGCUUUUCAAUUUUCCUACAAUAAAGGUUCUUACAAAAUUUUCGAUAUGUUCCUUUGAUUUUGAGAUAUUUGAUGCUUAAAGUCAGUUUAUUUAACUGGUUUACAGGACAAAUCAAUUUUCUUCAAUCAGUUUUUGGAAUAUAUCUUGAAAACUGAGAGAGAUAGCGGAAUUUUUUAUAAAAACUCUUUUGUAGCUUUUUAUUUUUUCUACAAAAAAUGUCCUCACAAAUUUUUUGCUAUCUCCACUGAAUCCUGAGAUAUUCGACCUUUAAACUCAGCUCGAAGUUGAUAUUUCUCGUUUUAUCACUUCACGAACGAAUUAUUAAGGUCAGACGGUGAUUUAAGGAUUAUUGAUUGAUUCUGGAGCUUUCAGGGGUGGAGGAAGGUGGUGAGGAGUUGUUUAUAGAUAAUUGAAGGCUCCGGAGAUGUUUCAGGGGAAUAAUUGAAAAGGUUGAAAUAUUUUUAAGAGCUGGAGAAUGCGAACAUAAAAAAAUCCAUAAGAGGUGCGGUUUUUGGGGAGUUGUGGGGUGACUAUUGAAGAUGGGGCAAAAUGAGCUGGAGACAAAAUAUUCGUCUUGAAAAAACGAAUGAAAAGAUUUUUGAUAUUUUUCUGUACAAUAAUUAGAAUUUGACAUAUUCGCGAUUGUAGAUGUGAUUAUGAAAUUGUAAAGGAUGACUUUUAAGCAAUUUGUUUAAACAAUUAACAAAUUCUCAGUGAAUUAUUGAGAUAGAAAAAAAAUCAGAGUUCAUUUCAAUCGUCUCGAACAGAAGAAAAUCUUUUAACUAAUGAUUUUUUUUCGUAUCUGUGAUAUUUAUCAACAUAUUCAGGGUUGAACGUUGAACAUGAAUUUACGAUUUUAUUUAUUAAUUUAUUUUAACACUGGAUAUUUAAUUAAGUAUUCCAGAUAUGAAUAAAUGUUUAGUACAAAAGUUGUUCCUCUCGUCGAGCCGAACAUUUGCUGUCCGAGGCGUUUUUCUCUAACUUCCAUAUUUUUAGAGAAAAUUAGAAAAGACUAGAAAAACUUUUUUUUACUCCAGAAUCGAUCAAUCAAGCAUUAAACACGAUCAUUGUUUUAUUAAUUGAACAUUGAAGACAUUUUUUCAAUCACUCGUGACGAUUGUGGGACCAUGCAUCAUCACUUCGACCCCGAUAUAUUCCCUCCUAAUCCCAUAAUUAUUUUUUUCAAUUUUUCAGAAUAAAAAAAGUUGAAAAACUAAUUUUUCAAGAAUUUUUAUUAAUUUUUCGUGAGAAAAAAAUAUUAAAAAUUCUGAACCUUCUUGAGACUUCUUCCAAACUGUACACUAUGUAUAAAACCCCGAAAAACAUCGUAAAAUUAAUUAAUUCAAUUCAUCACAAAAUGAUUUUUUACAGUAAAAUAUUUUUAUAAUUAUUUUAAUCAUCAUAAUUCAUCAAUUAGUUGUUAUUUAUAAUUAAUGAUAUUAUUUUGGCAGCACGACGAGUAUUUUUUUACAAAAUUAACGUCGGAAAAUUCCCCCUAAAAAUAUUAUUAACAAACUAAUUAAUAAAUCAAUUAUUUUCAAUUUGCAAAGAAUUAAAAAAUUAUCAAAAAUCCAUUUUUGAUUAUUUGAGCAGUUGAAUAAUUCGAUUCGAAUCGAGUCCCAGGAGUCAACGACACAAAUUUCUCCCCUUGAUUGAUUUUUUUCUUAAUCAAUUGAUUUUUUAAACUUAAUUUUUUAAUAAAAAUGUGAACAAAAGGAGCAGCUCGGGCAGGUAUAAUUAAUAAUUGAAAAAAAAACCGAUCCAUUGCGCCAUAUGCACUUGAAACGUACGCAUAUGUACAUAAUCUAGAAAUUUUAUAUUAAUUAAUUAAUUAAUUAAUUAAUUAAAAUGAGAAUAAAGAAGAGAUAAUGAGAGAGGUUGGUUUGGAGGGGAGUGGUAAAAGGUGAAUUUUAGAUUUUCCUUUUUUUUUGUUAGUUGCGGGUCAGACGGCUGUGAGGGUCAAGUGACCCUUGAGGACCUUUUGUCGUACCUGAAGACAAUUUGACCCUCAACUCCAAACGUCCUCAACGGUCAUUUGACCUUCAAAAUCAUGUGACCCUCAACUUUAGACGUCCUCAAGGUUCGUUUGACCCUCAAGACCAUUUUUAGUGAAAGGUCAAAUUCUCCUGAGGGUCAAACGACCCUUGAACAAGGUCGAAUGAUUUUGGGGGGAAAUUACCUUCAAGGACGUCCAGAGCGGAGGGUCAAUUAAUCUUGAAGGUCACAUGACCCUCAAUAGUGUUCAGGGUGAAGGGUCAAAUGGCCUUAUGCUAAACAACCCUUAAUAAUGCUCAGGGUGAAGGGUCAAAUGGUCUUGUGGGUCAAACGGGAUACAGCGGAGUGAUGAGAAAAGCCAUGACCCUCAACCCUAUUCGCCUUCGAGGGUCGUUUGACCCUUAGGAAAAUUUGACCCACAAAACUCCAAACGUCCUCAAGGGUCGAUUGACCUUCGAAAUCAUUUGGGUCUCAACUUCAGACGUCCUUAAGGGUUGCUUGACCCUCAAAAACUUUUUCAAUGCUCCUGAGGGCCAAAUUAGAGGUGAAGGUCAAAUGGUCUAGAGAGGCAAAUGACCCGUAAGGACGUCUAAAAUUGAGGAUCAAAUAAUUUUGGACCGUUAAGACUGUUCAGGGUUGAGAGUCAAAUGAUCUUAAAGGACGAAAAGGUUACGGAGAUGGUCUCAAAGGUUCAUCUGACCCUUAACCCUACACCUAUUCAAGGGCCGUUUGCCACUCGAGACCUUUUGACCCUCAACUAAAAACCAAAAAAAUCCUUGAAUUGUACUAAAGCAGUUGUUUUUUCUUGACAAUUUUGUAAUAGUCUCGAUAAUGAGCUAUUUUACAAAAAAACCUGAAGACUUUUUCGUAAAUAAUUCAAUUCCAUAAAAAAAUGUCAGAUAAUGUUCUCUUACCACUUCGCUCUUCAAUUAAUCAACCUCAUAGCAUUUGAUAUUAAAAAUGACUAAUGAAGUUAAACAAAUGUGAAAAUACCAUUCAGUGGCACAAACGAAGGGGGAGAGACUUCCCCGAAAAAUAGUAAAAUUACUUGACGACUGCUUUUACAUUAAUUAAUAACAUUAUUUAAUUAAUUGAUAAAAACUAAUUAAGAAGCAAAAACCGUGAAAUUCAACAUUUGACGACGAAAAAAAAUUAAAAAUUGGGGGGUUGCCAUGUCUUGGGACCAGUGAAUUUUUUCAAAAUUAAAAAAAAACAUUCUGGACGGGAAAAAUUCGCAAAUUCAAAAAAUCGAGUUUGCGACGAAUAAAUAAAAAAAAUCCCGCCAAAAAAUCACUGGAUCUCAUCGUCCACUCGCGCCUCCAAAAAACGAAAGCAAAAUUUGAUGAAAAAAAAUUUUUGUACCGUGAAAAAGUCAAUUGUGAUUACAAACCUAAAAUCCGAAAAAAAAAUUAUAAAAAAAUAUUUGCACAAGACUGCAGCGAGUCUGUACUUGAAAUUUGUAAAAUGAAUGACGCAUAGACGAUUUAUACACGUAGAUGACCUUAUGAGAUACCUAAACUAAUUAAGAAAGAAUAAUGAAAACGAAAAAAAAUUGAAAAUGGGAAAAAAUUCUCGAGGAAAAAAAUCGCAAAAAAUUCAUUUGGAAAUUUCUCAUAUCGGAUUAAUAGAUAUAAACAUAUCUUAUCGAUAAGGUCGACGUAUGAGUAACAUAAAUAUUCAUUAACAUUAUUGAGAAAAAGGCAGGUUACCAGAGAGAGAAUCCAGAGACGAAAAAUAAUCGAUUAAACAGCAGAUGAAAAACUGGAAGAAAAGUUGAACAAUUUUUUUCGUUUUUCCUGAAUAUCUCGGGAACUAUCAGACCUAGAGGCGCGAUUCAGCGUUCAUUUUAAAGCUGAGAAAAUUUCCGAUUCCGUAGUCUGGUGUUGAACCCAUUUUGCCCCGGGAUGUCCUCAAAUAAGCGAAGAAAUCAAUUUUGAGCGUCGAAACGAUUUUUUAAGGGUUUUGGUGUAACCAGUGGGGCAAAACGGGUUCGUGACCAGAGGAUGGAAUCGGAAAUUUCAUCAGCUUUUCGAUGAGCGCUCACUCAAAUCUUUAGGUCUCGGGGUUCCAGAGAUAUUUGGGAAGAUGUGAGAGGCUUUUCUUCUGGUUGGAAAGCCAGUUUAGUUGCCUUUUGAAUUGUUGCAAAUUAAAAGGCGUAGUGAUUAGUGAAAAAUCGUAAAGGAUUAAUUAAGGGCCCUAUUGGCUCUCGCAUUAGAGAAAGUUGUCCACUCAUCAUUUUGUUGUAAGCAUAUCGCAGUAUUGUACAAAAAAAUAUAUAUAUAUUAUAAAUAAAUAAUUAUGGAGUAUUUAACAA